UAUUGUACUGACAGACCGGACCCCGCCCCUACUCUCUUUACGGGCAGCGCCGGUGGAGAAAACACGCCGCCCGGAUGUUGGGCCGAAUUUAGCUUCCGUGUUGACGAUCAAACCCCGACAUCAUCGGCGCCCUUUUCAAACCGCUUUACCGCGUCGAAACUCGUUCACUCACAAGUUUCUCAUCACAUACGUUAUUUUUAAUGUAGAUUCAGUCAUAUAAUGAGGCUGGGACAGGUCAUUUGAGAGACUAUGAGCCUCCACACCAUGUGUAGCAGGUUGAAGACGGUUAAUUAACACCUUAGCGGCUAACGCUUAGCCGCUUCACAACACAGUGUUUUAAAUCACGUGAUCUGGUCCACACAACAGAGAGCCUACGCAAUGCCAAACUGUCAGCAGGAAAGACAGAGAAGGAAAGCCGAAACAUGGAUGCCCUGCUGGAGCCCCACAGGACGGAGAACGCCAAGCUGGUCAGGGAAAACAACCAGCUGCACCUGGAGCUCCUGAAACUGAGAGAGGACAAAGACCGGACCGUUAGAGAGCUGAAAACUCAUGUUAGAAAACUGGACCACGAGACUUCGGACCUGAAGUUUUUAAACAACCAGUACGUGCUGAAGGUCCGCUGCCUGGAGAAAGACAGCAAGGCUAAAGCUGAGCGCAUUCAACAGCUGCAGGAAAAGAACAUGCAAGCUGUUGUGCAGACACCAGGAGGAAAGAAGCUCAGUGUUCCUUUCAGACGACAGAGAAUGCAGAUCGAUGAGCUCGUACCUUCCUCCUCUACAUCAGCCUAUCCUGUCCCUCAGCCUGACGAUCCAUAUGUAGCUGACCUGCUGCAGCUGGCUGAUGGAAGAAUUCAUGAAUUACAGGAGGACAUCAUCAAACUCAAACUAGACGUGACAACUGCCCAGGACUGUAUAAAACAUUUGGAGAGUCAGGUGGAAGAAAGAGACAAAGAGAUCGAGCGUCUAAAUCACGUCCUGCARGGAGGACGACCUCAUGAGGUCAUCUCUCUGGAAGCUCAGACCAUCAGCAAUGAGAAACUGAUCGCACAUCUGAACCUUCAGAUUGAGUACCUCCAGGAAACCAACAGAACCCUGGAAGAAAAGYUAGAAGCCCUGCAGCAGAAAAAGAAGAACGCCUCGGAGGAAGUGGCCAAUCUGUCCUUGAAGAACCUGGAACUGUGUGAGGAGCUGACAGAGAUCGAUCAGCUCACCAAACGCAUGCAGAUGGACAAAGAGCACAUGUUGGAAACUGCUGACAUUCAGCUACAAACAACUAAUAAAGAAAUUGAGCGGCAGCAGAAAACCAUCGAAGACCUGGAGGAUCUUCUCACAAAGAUCAGAAAGGAGCAGUCUGAUGGUGAGUUUGAAAAGGAUCGUCUCAGAGAUCAGCUGGUGGAGCUCAAAGAGCAAAACCAGAAGCUGGAGGGGCUGGUGAACUUCCUGGAAGAUGAGAAAGUCAGGCUGCAGGACAAAGUGGAGAAGAUGAUGGCAGCUGACAAAGAGCUGGUGAUGGAGCUGGAGACCAUGCGCAGUAAAUACGGUGUCUGUGGAAGGGAACACUCCCCCUCUCGUCUCGAUGCCUUCGUUAAGAGUCUGGAGGAGGAGAGGGAUUAUUACCGCCUGGAGGCCGAGCGCUACAAAAGAACCAGAGGAGCUGCAGAACUAAGUCCUAGUCCAGACAGAGGCAGGAGUCCAAAGUCUAAAGGGAUCAUGGGGAAGGUCCAAGAAGAGCUGCGCCGUGUAAUGAAAGAAAGAGACCAGCUGAAGGCAUCUCUGCUGGACAUUGAGAAGCAGACAGAAGACAUUCAGAACAACGUGAAGGCCCUCUGCCAGGAGAAGGACCAUUACAAAAUGCUCUAUAAGCAGGCUCAAGAUGAGCUGAAGUUGUCCCGGAACAAACCCGUGUCAGCUGAUGACUUAAACCUGAACCAAGUGGAAGUUAAACUGCAGCAGAUGACAGCUGACAGAGAUGCUCUGUUGGACAGGUUAAAG